CAUUUCUCGGAGUGCGAGGAACUAGCGACACAAUUGAUCGAAUUCGGAUCAAGGAUCAGAUCUUUCCAAUGCCGGGAAAAUUGCAUUCUCAUCAUUCUUCCUCCAGGCCCAGAUCCAAAACCCUAAUCCUCACUCUCUCCCUCUUCGCCUUCUCCCUCAUCGUCAUCCUCCUCUUCACUCUCUCUUCCUCCACCAGACCCUCCUCGGGUCCGUACCCGAGCACGCCGUCGUGGCCGGUGACGUCCUUCGUCGCCUCGCUUGAGCAUUUCCUGAUUCACAAGGCUCCGAAUCUCUCGGUCUCGAUUAGGGACGAUACGGUUCAUGCGGGGAGUGACGAUGAUGCGAGGAAGUUCGACGAGGUGGUGUUUGAGAGGGAGAAUCGGUGGUUGAACGACGAUCCUAACUACCCUUUGAGUUUUCCGAUUAAGGUUUACGUCUACGAGAUGCCGAAGAAGUUUACCUACGAUCUUCUCUGGUUGUUUCACAAUACUUACAAAGAGACAUCGAAUCUCACUUCUAAUGGUAGCCCUGUGCAUCGCCUGAUCGAGCAGCAUUCUAUUGAUUAUUGGCUUUGGGUUGACCUGAUUGCUCCUGAAUCCGAAAGGCAUUUGAAGAGUGUUGUGAGGGUCCAUCAGCAGCAGGAUGCAGACUUUUUCUAUGUUCCAUUUUUCACUACUAUCAGCUUUUUCUUGUUGGAGAAGCAGCAGUGCAAAGAACUUUAUAGGGAAGCUUUGAAAUGGGUCACCGAUCAGCCUGCAUGGAAAAGGUCUGAGGGAAGGGAUCACAUAUUUCCUAUUCACCAUCCCUGGUCUUUCAAGUCAGUACGGAAGUUUGUCAAGAAGGCAAUUUGGCUUUUACCAGAUAUGGACUCCACUGGGAACUGGUACAAGCCAGGCCAAGUUUCACUGGAGAAAGACCUAAUUCUUCCUUAUGUCCCAAAUGUUGAUCUCUGUGAUGCCAAAUGCUUGUCAGAAUAUUCCUCAAAGAGAACCACAUUUCUGUUUUUCCGAGGGCGGCUUAAGAGGAAUGCUGGUGGGAAAAUACGUGCCAAACUCGGAGCGGAGCUAAGCAAUGUGAAGGAUGUUGUAAUUGAGGAAGGGACUGCUGGAGAAGGAGGGAAAUGGGCUUCUCAGAACGGCAUGCGUAGAUCCCUCUUUUGCUUGUGUCCUGCUGGUGACACGCCAUCGUCUGCCAGAUUGUUUGAUGCUAUUGUCAGUGGGUGUAUACCUGUUAUAGUCAGUGAUGAGUUGGAAUUUCCUUUUGAAGGAAUACUUGAUUACAGGAAGAUUGCCGUGGUUGUUUCUUCCAGUGAUGCUAUACAGCCAGGGUGGCUUCUAAAUUAUCUGAGAAGCCUUACCCCCUCUCAUAUAAAGGAAUUUCAGAAAAACAUAGCUCAAUACGCCCGGCAUUUCGUAUAUUCCAACCCAGCUCAGCCAUUAGGUCCAGAAGACCUGACAUGGAGAAUGAUAGCUGGUAAACUAAUGAACAUCAAGCUCCACACGAGGAGGUCGCAACGGGUUGUGAAAGGUUCAAGGAGUAUUUGCAGAUGUGAUUGUUGGUGGCCAAACUCUACGGUUCCCAAUCCAUUGAAUCCUGUCUUGGGUUAAGGACCAGGUCCCUCGAUCCAUUUGCCCAUAGAUAGUAAUACUCUACGCUGUUGAAUAACUUGUUUGUUUUCUGUUUCUUUCUUUUAAACAUAUGCUUCUUUUAUCAUUUCAUGCCUGUAAUUUGUCAUUGAUUAUGAUGUGGCAAUGUUAUGAUCCCAAAGUGAUUAUGGGAGGCUAUGGGGUAACUUUUAGAGGAUUUUGUACCCCAGUUCUGAAUUAACAUUGGUUCAGAUGUUCA